AUGUCUCUGGGCGAAGUGUGCCGGGCCCUGGAGAUCAACGAGGCCACCCUCCGGCAGUGGGCGGAUCGUGGGCGUUUGCCCGUGUAUCGCACUCCUGGCGGGCACCGGCGUUUUCUGCGCGAGGACGUUGACGCGCUGAUCGGCCGGAAUCAAGUGGCUGAGGCCGAUCCGGAAGAUCUCGCUCUGGAACGCAUUCGCCGCAAGCUGAGCCAGGCGGACGUAUCCGCACAGCCUUGGAUGGAGAGCUUCCAGGAGGAAGGACGGGACCGCAUGCGCCUGUUCGGGCGGAGGCUGCUUUCCCUGCUGCUGCACAACGAUCUGGACGGGCGCAGCGGACGCAAGGGCGAAACGAUGUCCGAGACACACAUGCUGGGCCACGAAUACGGGUCUGAGAUGGCAAUGCGCGGCGUGCCGCUGAACGACAGCGUGCAGGCCUUUCUCUUUUUCCGGCAGGCCGUGGUGGAAGCGGUGCAACCGGACCGUCUCCGGCAGGUGGUUGAAAUUUCGGACGGCGUGCUGGUCGGGCUGGUGGAUGCCUACAGCGCCCGGCCGGACACUACAAAAGACAACACUGGCGCGGGAUUGCCAACGUAA